AAAGAGGCAUUUGCGUAGAGAGGAGACCCCUUUCAGCAACAUUCUUCUUCACCCAGUCUUCUGUUGGGGCGAGAACAAGUACAUUUCACACCAGUAGUGUCACAGUUUCUGUUAACUAAUUUUUCGGUUCGAGAGGUGUGUUUUACGUGGUGAAUCCGUCUCUUGCGUUGGAGUAUUUGGGAGUUACAAACUACCGCGGCGGUUAGUUCGGCUUCAGCUGGUGGAUAAGGCUGUUAGCUAGCUUAUAUUAGCCAGCAGCUACUUGUAGAUUUACGGCUUAUAUCUUCUGCCAGGUGAGCCAACUAAAGCUGCAGACACUGGUCAUCUACAAUGGUCUGUUCAGCUUGCCAUAUUUGAACAUUAAAAUUAGUGAAUAAGUUAUCUUAUUUCAUAACAAAUUAGCGCAAGCUUUAUCUUGUUUGUGCGCAGCCUGGCUACUUUGGCCUGUUGUAUUGUCUCCGACAUCGAAAACACACACAUUGCUUUUCUGUCAACAGGUUUUUUUUUUUAGUAGUUAGGCUAACAUAGCCUUGUUUUUGUAAACAAGACCGUCAGCUGGUGACUCCACAUAAUCUUGAAAAUUGAAUAGUCCAGUAUGGCGCAACACGACCCUUCUCAUGUAGCCAGCUCACAGAAGGCACUCAUGUUGGAAAUGAAGAGCCUUCAGGAGGAACCUGUCGAGGGAUUCAAAAUAACACUGGUGGACGAGGCUGAUUUGUACAACUGGGAAGUGGCCAUUUUUGGACCCCCAAACACUCAUUAUGAAGGGGGGUAUUUCAAGGCUCGGAUCAAGUUCCCUAUAGAUUACCCAUACUCUCCACCUGCCUUCCGGUUCCUCACCAAGAUGUGGCACCCCAACAUCUAUGAGAAUGGAGAUGUCUGUAUUUCUAUAUUGCACCCUCCAGUGGAUGACCCACAGAGUGGAGAGCUGCCUUCAGAGAGAUGGAAUCCCACCCAGAACGUCAGGACCAUUCUGCUGAGUGUGAUCUCAUUGCUAAAUGAACCCAACACAUUCUCUCCAGCCAAUGUAGAUGCCUCUGUCAUGUACCGCAAAUGGAGGGACAGCAAGGGCAAAGACCGGGAAUAUGUAGAGAUCAUCAGGAAACAGGUUUUAGCUACCAAAGCAGAAGCUGAGCGUGAUGGUGUGAAGGUACCCACCACACUGGCUGAGUACUGUGUCCGCACACGUGCCCCGCCUCCCGAUGAAGGCUCCGACCUCUUCUAUGACUAUUACUAUGACGAUGAGGACGUGGAGGGCGGGGACGGCGACUGCUGCUAUGAUGAAGAUGACUCGGGCAAUGAGGAGUCCUGACAUGCUUUUCAAAUCUAGCUGAUGUAUGCUACCCCACUAUUUCUACCUGGGUUGCCAGAUAUUCAAGGUCUACAACCAAGAAUGAUUUGAAGCGUCCCACUUUUAAACCAAUGAAUAGAGUUGUUUUCGCUCAGCCUCGUGUCAGAGACUGAAACCAAUGCACCGUUGCAGAAGGGUCAGACGUGGUAAGAUUUGCACCAGCACAAAAGUCUCCAGCUUCCUCUUCAUUUGUUAUCAUUAUGAUCUAAAACUUUGAGUGACUCAUUUAAAAUACUUCUUCAUCACAUUCACCCAUUGUACAGUGUUGUGGGGUGAAUCCCACUCUCAACAAAAGCAACAUUUGCACUGGUGCAAACCCAAAUUAUGCUCAGCCUCAAUUGUGCAUAUCUGUUUCCUUAAUUGUAACCGGAAAUCACUCAUCUAUAGAUGGUCUCGCUGACUGACAGAAGAUUAUGGACUUCACGCAGCCAGUGUGUGUUAAACAGUGCACUGCAAACAAUUGCACAUUCACUUGGACACGUGUCCGUGAGCGGAGUUGUUACAGGACAGUGUUUGAAAACCUCUUGUGCAUGCCGCAACAUCUUGGGAGGUUUUUGUCUCUUGUACUGGUGGACUGUUUACCUUCAUUAUGGUCUGUUCCAAGCUUGGUGAUUUAAAAAAAAAUAAUUAUAAUAAUAAAAAAAAUAAUAAUAAGACCUGUGAUGAUGGAAAGCCAUGAGAACUCUUGAGGAUCAGCCCAGUCAGUGGGUGAGGUCCUCCUGUGAACAUUUUUGGUAACAUGAAAUUGAUCUUUGCUGUGUCUCUUCUGGUUACUGUUGGAUGUGUUGCUCUGUCAUUUUUAGUGUGGGGGUAUGUUAUUUGAAGUAGCUCAGAUAAAGAGUUGUGUAUGAUGACCAAGUUUUUCAGUGGUGGGGGGGCAAAACUAAUUCCUGAUCAGAAUUGUAUUUCUUCUCAGGUUCACUCUCUGAGAGGCCUGAUGGAGCCAAAGAACUACUGUA